AUGAUUCUCCUCACCCCACGUGUUUCCCUCUCUCCCUCCCUGCAUACCAUGCAUCAGGUGCCGCACGUGAGGCAGCAGCACUCGUGGGACUGUGGUGUGGCGUGCGUGCUCAUGGUGCUCAAGGCGCUCCAAGUCCCCAUCCACGCUGUUCAAACCGACCCCACGCAAAGCAUCUCGGCCGUCCAUUCGCCACAGCCAAUCAGAGCAUCUCCUGCCGUGCCUGCUGCUACAGCCGCAACUAGAUCCUCAAGAUCAAGCGUGGAUCGUCCAGCAACACAUACAGUUACAGCUGUGAUCCAUGCCCCUGCUACAGCACUGCCUGAUGCUCCUGCUACAGCCACAUCCCCUGCUCUUAUAGACAGAGCUGUAGAUACAGUCGCUGACCUAGCUGCAGCUGCUGCUGCAGCCGUUGCCACGCCCCCACCUAGCAGCGUGGUCAUGGGAGCACCAGCCUCUAGAUUUCCAGCAGUUAACGCCCACCCUGCCCCAUCCCCGCUAGCAGCAGACUCGUUUGCGUUAGAAGCACCUCACGAGGAGCUUUCCUUGCGCGGGUCAGCCCAGGCGCGUGAGGGAGGCGAAACGUGUGCACAGGGUGAGGCGGUGCACAAGAGUGCUGCAGUGGAGCUCACCUGCCCGCCUGACACAGGGCUUGCGCGCGUUGCUGCUGAGACUGCUCAUACUCAUUCCACGUGGGAUUCCAUAGGGCAAGCGGAGGUUGCUGAUACCACGUGGCACUCCCUGGAGACAGCAGGGGGUGCUGCUGGUUGCGGGGAUGUGGGAGAGGGUGCUAAUGGGUGCAUGCGCAGAACAGAGGGUGCAGGGGUUGGCACAGGGGGGCUGGUGAGAAGAGACAUGCGAGCAGUGGCAUGUGCAAGUGCGGCUAUAGGGAGGGGGAGAGCAGCGGGGAGCAGAGAGGCAUGCGAGCUGCAGCAUCUGCACCGCCAGUGCGGUACCACCAGUGUGUGGAGCAUAGACCUGGUGGCGCUGCUGCAGCGCCACGGCGUGGGGGUGGAGUUCCUCACCGUCACCAUCGGCGCCAACCCCUCCUUCGCCUCCCAGCCCUUCUACAAGGAGAACAUGCCAGGGGAUGUGGACCGGGUCAAUCGUCUCUUUGCCGACACCAUACGAGCCGGCGUGUGCAUUCAGUGUGCGUCCAUAGGCAUUCAAGAUCUGGCCUGGCUGCUCCUCUCUGGUCGCUACCUAAUCAUUGCCCUCGUGGAUAAGCGCACCAUCACCCAUCCACUGGCAUCAGUGCGAUGCCCUCCUGAGUGCUGCGGUCCAACACCAGGCUACAUUGGUCACUUUGUGGUGCUGUGUGGGUUUGACAGCCACUCAAGGAUGUUUGAGAUCUGUGACCCCUCCUCGCAUGGCGGAACAGCAUGGGUGCCCAUGGCAGCAGUCGACGAUGCACGCAUGACGUUCGGCACCGACCAGGAUCUUAUUCUGAUUCAACUUCCAGACUUGCCAUAG